AUGCCGUUCCUGGAAUCAUUUCCAAACUUCAAAGGUCUUACAAAUAGUAUGAACCCACUCAAUUUCUUCACCAGUGAACAAUCUCCUAUCAACACCCCACCAACAUCUGCAGAAGCUGGACCUGGACCUUCCACAGCUGCUAAUCUGCAAGUUCGAAAUUCAGCUUCGAAUGUGGUCUCAACUGGAUCACCCGACCCACUCGGUAAACCCAUAACUUCCCCUCGUCAAACUUCCUUCUCUGACACUCCUACACCUAUUCGACCUUCUCUCAAGCAUACAAACACUUCCAUUUCCACUUCUACAUCUCCAAGUUCAUCAGAUUCAGGAGAUAGCACGGCUAGACGUAGAGUCUCGGGAACAAAUAUAUCUAUCGCCGAACCUGAAAUCUUUGAAAGGAGGAGAACACCUAAGAAAAGAGGUCCAAGACCACCAAGCGAAGCAAGUGGUAUGACAAACGUCAGUGGCGUGGAUAGUGAAGGAAGGAUGAGAAGGAAGAAAAAGCCCCUUGACACUUACAUCAUCGUCAAACCUCCACCCACGUCUGCGAAGAACCCAUUGAACCUUCAAAUCCAACUUGUUGUCAAAUCGAACAGACGAGGUCGAUCUGCGUCAGGCAUGUCAAGUCGUUCAAACUCACUGGCAGGAGAAGGAUUAAUCUCCUCAGCUUCAACAUCACCAGCAGCUCAAGUUGUCGAUCUCCCAGCAACAGAAGAAUCAGACGAUACCUCGGGUCAAGAGAUCAUGAACACACCUAGUACAGCACCGCUCACUUCACCCGCAGCCGAAAAAGGUUUACCAGCAUCACCAAAGUCAUCAUCAACAGAGUCGGACAACGGUAAUGGCCUCAAAAGAUCUUCUUCACUUAGAUCAAGUAUAUCAACAUCAACAGCUGCUACAGGUAGCAGUGCAGCAUCGGGUAAAAGGAUAGAGCCAAUGUUCAAUUUGGCCGUGCAUAAUGUAAUGCAGCCUACCGUCGUGACAGAUGCUGCAACAGAUGUCAAAGUAGCCAAAUUUCACAAACGUAACCUUGACAUCUCUGGAGUCGGUAUUCUCGAACCCUCAGAAGUCUGGGCUCCAGCAACCAGUUCCUCUAGUCCGUUUGCCCCGGCCACACGCACUUCCACAGAAGACGGCAGUGCACCUCGACAACGACCUCUAUCAAUGGUCUCUCUCACUUCACCAAUAUCACCUAUCUUGAGUCGCUCAGACGACGGGAAGAACGGUAUUCGGACCUCUUUAGAUCUCAAAGGGUUCAAGUUCCAGAGCAAACCUGAUGGACAAGAGAGCAAGACUCGUCAAUUCUUUGGCAGAGUAUUCAAGAAGAAGACAUCAAUGGGAGAUCUUGGUGCGGGAAGAAAAAAGACCAGUCCCUCAGCUUCUUUCUCAUCUUUCGAUGCUCCACAAACAGCUAUUUCCCCUUCCCAAGAAUUCGCAGGCUCAGAUACGCUGCAUCCUAAUAUGGCCGUAGCAAAAUUAGCUACCCCUAGUAAUGGUGAUAUUGCCACUGCUGGAGUUGGGGCUCCUACAUUUGGUACUGCGCCUUUGGUUAUACGACGUCGAUCAUCAGGGGCCAUGAUAACCGCUGAUGGAGCUGUAACCGGGCUCUCUUCUCAUGUCGAUCACGAACCUACAGCAAUCCAGAUGGAAAGAUGCCAAUCACUACCUAUCAUCCCUACCAAUCGACCAAUUGGAUACACCUGGACUGUGAAGAAAUGGGCCAAAAAGAACGAAGAAGGAUGGGCAGCUCAUCUCUUAGCAGCUGCCAAUGCAGGAUUGGAGAUCGUAGGCGGGAGUGCUAGUACCGAAGAUCAAAGUGAGGUCGUAUUUGAAUGGGUCAAAUUGAAAGUACCUUCAAACGCUGCUGGCGAUGAAAUUCUAAGGAGAUACUCCACCACAGGAGCGAUCUCUAACUCUAGGGCGAGAAGUAAAACAAGGCCUGCAUCUAUCGCACCUUCCACAAUCAACGCUGGUGUCACAAACCUGAAUUCACCCAAUCAAUCUAGAACAUCAUUGACACUUCAAUUACCAAAAGGAAAAGAUGGCUCAUCUCCUUAUCCACCAUCAUCACCUAAUCCUAAUCACUUUUCAUCGAAUCAAAACUCACCGCUCAACUCACCUAGAUUAGAUGGUAGACCCGAACCUGUCCGACGUAUAUCUUCAUCACUCUCACCAUCUAGGAGACCUUCUUCCACAAACGUUGACCUUAAUAACAACAGCAAUGUGGAUAUUGAGACUGCAAGUACAUUACAGGGUGAAGCAUCCGCCGAUGAAGGUAUGGAUUCCGAUCCUGAAGAUUCUGAAACACCUUGGACUUGUUCUGUCUGGGUUAAGAAAACUGGUCAAAGACAGUUAUUGGGUACUCUGACACCCGCACCACAUCAUCCUAAAGUUGUAGGAAUAUUGAAAAUCGCUCAAUCGUUGGAUGCAGUUUCGUUGACUGAUGUUCAACCCAAAUUCGGUCAACAGAAUAAAGAAGCUGCGAUGAAAAGAGUCAAAGACAACGUCGCUUUAUCAGAAGAAAAUCUGAAAGAUGUUGUUUGUGUCACGGCGAUGUGGUUGGUAGCGAGAGAAGAGUUCAAUGGUUUGGGUAAGAAGAAAGGAAGAAGAGGUACUCAGGGGUAG